GCGCCUCCUUUGAUAUAUAGAUAUAUAGAUAUAUAUCUAUAUAUCUAUAUAUAUAUAUAUAUAUAUAUUUUCUGGGAUCCGCGAUGGGGAAGGAGCAGGAACUUCUUGAAGCGGCGCGCACGGGAAACCUGGCCGCCGUGGAGAAGCUUUUAUCCGGGAAGCGACAGUCCGCGAGCACCAGCAGCGGAUCGUCAGGGACCGGUGGAAGCGGCAACAGCGGCGGGCACGGCGCCUCCUCUCAUCCGCUCUCCAGUCUGCUCAGCAUCUGGAGAGGCCCCAAUGUGAAUUGUGUGGACAGCACUGGAUACUCCCCUCUCCACCACGCCGCCCUAAAUGGACACAGCGAAGUGGUGGAGGCGCUGCUGCGAAACGAGGCCUUGACCAACAUCGCCGACAACAAGGGCUGCUACCCGCUCCAUCUGGCUGCAUGGAAGGGAGACGAACACAUCGUCAAACUGCUCAUUCACCAAGGACCCUCACACCCCAGACUCAACGAGCAGAGCUCUGUAGACCAUAAAGAGUUCAAACGCUGUGGGCCCUUUGACCCCUAUAUUAAUGCCAAGAACAAUGACAAUGAGACGCCGCUGCACUGUGCUGCCCAGUAUGGCCACUCCCAGGUGGUGCGGCUGCUCCUGGAGGAGCUGACGGACCCCACCAUGAGGAACAACAAGUUUGAGACCCCGCUGGACCUGGCUGCGCUGUACGGCCGCCUGGAGGUGGUCAAGCUGCUGCUCAGUGCCCACCCCAACCUGCUCAGCUGCAACACCAAGAAGCACACGCCGCUGCAUCUGGCCUCUCGGAACGGACACCUGUCUGUGGUCGAGGUGCUGCUGGACGCCGGCAUGGACAUCAACUACGAGACGGAGAAAGGCAGUGCCCUCCACGAAGCUGCCUUGUAUGGGAAGACGGAUGUGGUGCAGAGACUUCUCAGUGCAGGUAUCUGUGUGAAAAUCACCGACCAGAAGGGCCUGGCAGCGCUGGACACUGUCAAGGACAUGCCUUCCCAGAAGAGCAGAGAGAUAGCCGCUCUCAUCCUAGGUCACAUGACUGGAAAACCCCCCGACAUUGACCUUCCCCUUCCCCCUCCACCAGUCCCUCCGCCUCAGGAGAGUCCCAGCCCACGGAGAAAGGGUGAUAUGGCGAAGGUGAGCGAGCUGAUCUCGGGGCUGGCCCCGAGGCCCGAGGAGGAGAGCCCGUACGAGGCUCUGUUCGAAGCCACCUCUUGUCACUCUCUCGACAGCCUCACCAGCGGCAAGUCCUCAGACAGGGACUCUGGACGGCCCGAUAGCGAAGCUGGCAAGAAAGAUCGGCUGGUCCAUGCGUCACAUCCGGGCCCCGGCCACGAAGAAGAGGCCCUGUAUACUAACAGCAGUAUUGCCGAGAGAGGAGAGCCGGUGGAGGAGGAGGAUCACACAUACGAGUUGUUGCUGACCGCACAGACCAAACACCCACCGCCCAGCCACGAGUCCAAAUCCAAUAAAGAUGAGAACACUACGAUACAGUCUUCCAACAAUGUCCUACCUCAGCGUAAACCCACUGCCCCAAACAACCUCAGAGCCCCAAGCAAGAGAGACACCCUGCUCCCUCCGGGACGGGGGAGCCCGCGGGCAGCAGGAGAUAACUCCCAGCUCGGCGAGGAUCAGGAACCAGGUGUCCCGGAGCAGUUCACUGGCCUCCUGCACGGAUCCUCUCCUGUCUUCGAUAGCUGCGAGGAGCCCUUCAGGCUUCCAGGUGUUGUGCCAUCCAACCAGGGCCAGCCAGAACCAAGAAAAUCUGCCAAAGCAAAAGAGGAAGUAGCAGCAGCAGCCGCAACGCCGCCUAGCCGCCCCAGUAUGGCCGCCAUCCUGAAGGACUGCGAUCCCAAAGCAAUUUAUGCAACUGUGAAUAAGGAGCCCAGGGACUUCGGGGCUGGGGCAGUGUCCGCCGUAAGGAUGCGCCCUCCUGGGGACCUGAAGCUGGCACGCAGCCUCUCCAAGUCUGACUCCGACCUGCUGGUGUCGCCCCCUAAUGAGGAGGACGGAGGAUUGGGGAACCGUAGCGAGUCUGUUUCUAACUGUAGCACUGGCAAGAAGAGGCUAGAGAAAUCGCCUUCUUUCACCUCAGAAUGGGACGAGCAGAAACCGACGACUUCUCCCACCACAAAACAACGAAGAUCUAAUUCCGUUGACAGCAUCGAGAAGAUCAUGACGCUGAUUGGUGCCGGCAUCGAUUUCUCCAGAGAUCAGCAAUAUGCGACACCAGCAGGUGCCGCCGGCCGGCUGCUGGACCAGCCCGUGGGAGACUGGCUGGAGCACGUGGGGCUGCCGCAGUACGAGAGCAAACUCCUCCUGAAUGGGUUCGACGACCUGCACUACAUGGGGAACAAUGUGAUGGAGGACCAGGACUUGAGGGAGAUUGGGAUCACGGACCCAAGCCACAGAAAGAAGAUCCUGCAUGCAUCGCGCUCGUUACCCAAGGUGAAAGCGAUGGGCUGCGACGGCAGCAGCUCCCUCUCCUCUUGGCUGGAGAAUCUGGGCCUGCACGAGUACUUGCACAACUUCCUGACCAGCGGCUACCGCACUCUGGACUGUGUCAAAAACCUGUGGGAGCUGGAGAUUGUCAACGUGCUAAAGAUCUCCCUACUCGGUCACAGGAAACGCAUCAUUGCUUCCUUAGCGGAGAGGCCCUACGAGGAACCUCCAGUCAAGCCUCCUCGUUUGUCUCAGAUCAGGUGUCAAGACCUGCCUGGAUCCCAGACCUCGUCCCCCCUCAGUCAUAUGGAGUCCUACACCGGACGCUCGAUGGACCCUCUGCUGCCAGUGGGAGAGCCAGGGAGGAAAAAAGUGCCGGAUAAUGACUACGACGUUACCCAAAGAUAUCGCAGUGAACACAGAUCACAUGAACGGUAUGAAGAACGGCAUCGAGAGCCCCGUCUGACCCUGCGGCCGCCGAGUCUGGCCGCACCGUACGCCCCGGUCCAGAACUGGCAUCAUCAACCUGAGAAGCUCAUCUUUGAAUCCUGCGCCUACGAAGCCAGUUACCUCGGUUCCAUGCUAAUUAAGGAACUACGGGGCACCGAUUCCACGCAGGACGCCUGUGCCAAAAUGCGGAAGUCGACAGAACAAAUGAGAAAAGUCCCUACUAUCGUCCUUUCCAUCACCUACAAGGGUGUGAAGUUCAUCGAUGCAGCCAAUAAGAACAUCAUCGCAGAGCACGAGAUCCGUAACAUUUCGUGUGCAGCCCAGGACCCCGAGGACUUGUGCACGUUUGCCUACAUCACCAAGGACCUGCAGACCAGCCACCACUACUGCCACGUGUUCAGCACAGUAGACGUGAAUCUGACCUAUGAGAUUAUACUGACGCUUGGCCAGGCGUUUGAGGUAGCCUAUCAGCUGGCUCUGCAGGCCCAGAGGACCAAACAGCACCAGAACCUCCCACUGGGACCCGGUUCAGAGGUCAUUGAGACCAAGUCCAGCCGACCCGUGCCCAAACCACGAGGCAGCGUGCGGAAGUCGUCGGACUCUCCUCCUCUCGACAGUCGUUGCUGUUACUGUUACACCUGCACCACCCAUCGUCCCUCCUUCCUACCGCUGCACUCUGCCAGCCCUGCUGCCCAGGGCGACCUUGUGGAGCAGGAGGGGGAUUCUCAGUCCGGGGGCAGCGCCACGUGGCUCGUGGACCCCAAGGAAUCCAAGCGCACUAUCAGCACUAACUGAACACUGUGGCCACUCCCAGCCAGUAAGAAAGGACAGGAGUGAGCCCUGUUGCAUGGUGGGUAUGUUGUUUUGUUCCCGUGCAGCAGAAUCGCAUCACCAGUUGGAUCAAGCUCACCAGAGUAACCGACGGAAGGCUUUCAACACAGCGCAGUCCAUCAGAUCAUCUCACCUCACCCCCCCACCCCACCCUCACACACACACACACACACACACAC